GGAGCAGAGGUAGUGCAGAACUUCUUCUACAUCAGUGCGCCGAAGCGAAGCGUACUUCAGGUUCGUGUUUGUAAACAGUGAUUGUUGCAGUAGAGGAGUCAUCUAACCAUUUCUUAUUUCAUCCGCUCUUUAAACAUGGCAGAAACUAAAGGGAAGUUUGAUUUUGCAAUUGAUCGUGGAGGAACCUUUACAGAUGUGUUCACCCGUUUGCCGGAUGGUAGAGAGAGAGUCCUAAAACUGCUGUCACAUGACCCCCAGAACUACAAAGAUGCCCCUACUGAGGGCAUCCGGCGAGUACUUGAGGAGGAAACAGGAAAGAGCUUUCCACGAGAUCAGCCUGUAGACACUUCUCAGAUUGGCUGGAUUCGAAUGGGCACCACGGUGGCGACUAAUGCCCUGCUAGAGCGACAGGGUGAAAGAACAGCACUACUGGUGACAAGCGGAUUUAAGGACUUGCUACAUAUUGGAACACAAGCACGGCCUAACCUUUUUGAUCUGGAAGUGUGUAUGCCGGAUGUACUGUAUGAGGAGGUGAUUGAAGUGGAGGAGAGAGUUAUUCUCAGACAAGAUUACUGUCAGCUUCCCAGAAAUGAGCCUAAGCGAAUAGUAACAGGCAGCACUGGUGAAAGUCUGGAGGUGUGGCGUGAGUUGGACCUCCAACGUGUAGAGCAGGAUUUGAGACGUGUGCAAUCCAAAGGCAUCAGAAGUCUAGCAGUGCUACUACUGCAUUCUUACACAUGGGCUGCUCACGAGAAGGCUGUGGGGUCUUUGGCCAAGCGUCUUGGUUUUGCUCAAGUGUCCCUUUCUAGCGAGGUGAUGCCCAUGGUGCGAGCAGUGCCCCGUGGGUACACAGUUUGUGCCGAUGCCUACCUCACACCAAAAAUACACCUGUACCUGACUGAAUUCACUGCAGGCUUUAAAGGAGGCUUGAAGGGUGUAGAUGUGUUAUUCAUGCAGUCAGAUGGUGGGCUGACACCAAUGGAACGGUUCUGUGGCUCUCGGGCAGUGCUCUCUGGUCCUGCUGGAGGAGUUGUGGGCUAUGCCGUUACAUGUUAUAAAUCUACAGAAAAGAAACCGGUCAUUGGUUUUGACAUGGGAGGGACAUCUACAGAUGUGAGCCGAUACGCUGGACAGUAUGAACAUGUGUUUGAAGCAACAAUUGCUGGCAUUACUCUGCAGGCGCCGCAGCUCGAUAUCAACACUGUAGCAGCAGGCGGAGGCUCUCGACUGUUUUUCCGGUCAGGGAUGUUUGUUGUGGGGCCAGAGUCAGCCGGUGCUCAUCCUGGGCCAGCCUGCUAUAGGAAAGGUGGUCCUUUGACAGUCACUGAUGCUAAUCUAGCCCUCGGCCGCCUGCUUCCUUCUUUCUUUCCAAGAAUAUUUGGCCCUGGUGAAAAUGAGCCUUUGUCAACCGAAGAAACCAUGAAGCAUUUCUCCAAACUCACACAAGAAAUUAACCACUUCCUUUCUACUAACCAAUCGUCUAAUAGUGCUUCAGGAGUGCAACUGUCAAAAAUGAGUAUAGAGGACAUUGCCAUGGGUUUCAUCAAUGUGGCUAAUGAGGCCAUGUGUAGGCCAAUCAGAGCACUGACACAGGCUAAAGGCCAUGAUACAUCUGAACAUGUGCUGGCAUGUUUUGGAGGAGCUGGAGGUCAACAUGCUUGUGCCAUCGCAAGAGCCUUAGGCAUGAAAAUGGUUUUCAUACACAAAUACAGUGGAGUGCUAUCAGCGUAUGGUUUGGCUCUGGCUGAUGUGGUUGAAGAGGUUCAGGAACCAUGUUCUCUACAGUAUGAAGCAGGCUCAUUCUCUGAGCUGGACCGUAGAAUAGAGCAACUGUCUCAACGCUGUGAUGAAAUACUGCGCAAACGUGGCUUUAGCAGUUCUCAGAUUAAUAUAGAAGUGUUCCUGCACCUGCGCUAUGAAGGCACAGAUUGUGCGCUCAUGAUCACAGCUACAGGUCACCCCAGUAAUGCCAGCUCCUGCCACACGGGAGACUUCCGCACUGCAUUCACUAAACAAUAUCUGAAAGAGUUCGGCUUCACUAUCACUGAUAGGCCUAUCAUGGUGGAUGAUAUCCGUGUACGGGGUUCUGGGAAGUCUGGAAUUAGGUCAGAAGUGCAGGCCAAAGCAGGACAGAAAUCUCCAAAUCCUAUUAAGAUGACACAGUGUUACUUUGAGGAUCGUUAUCUCGACACAAGUGUGUAUCUGUGGGAGGAUCUUUCCUGUGAUCACAGUAUUCAGGGACCAGCCAUCAUUAUUGAUAAAAACAGCACAAUUCUUGUGGAGCCGACGUGUGUGGCUCAUCUGACAGAGGAUGGUGAUGUGUGUAUUGCUGUUGGCAUGGGAACGCAGUGUGUGUUAGGAACCGAACUCAACACCAUCCAGUUGUCCAUCUUCUCCCAUCGGUUCAUGAGCAUCGCAGAGCAGAUGGGCCGUGUGCUACAGAGAACCGCCAUCUCCACCAAUAUAAAGGAGCGUUUGGAUUUCUCAUGUGCUGUAUUUGGUCCUGACGGAGGUUUGGUGUCUAAUGCCCCUCACAUUCCUGUUCAUCUAGGGGCAAUGCAGGAGACUGUACAGUUUCAGAUAAAGGCAGCAGGAGGCAGCUUGAAGGAGGGAGAUGUGAUCCUCAGUAAUCAUCCAUGUGCGGGUGGCAGUCAUCUACCAGACCUCACUGUCAUCACUCCUGUGUUUCGUGAUGGCGUUAGUGCUCCUGUCUUCUUUGUGGCCAGUAGGGGGCAUCAUGCUGAUAUAGGGGGCAUCACUCCAGGCUCCAUGCCCCCUCACUCCACCUCUUUACAGCAGGAGGGUGCUGUCUUCACAUCCUUCAAACUGGUCACUGGUGGAAUCUUUCAGGAGAAAGCUGUAACAGAAGCCCUUAUGGCACCCGCACAAUAUCCAGGAUGUUCUGGGACACGGAAUCUUCGUGACAACCUGUCAGACCUACGGGCACAGGUAGCAGCCAAUCAGAGAGGAUGUCAGCUGGUGGGGGAGUUGAUUACCAGCUAUGGCCUGGAUGUCGUCCAGGCUUAUAUGGGACAUAUUCAGAGUAAUGCAGAGCUUGCAGUUCGAGACAUGCUGAAAGAUUUUGCUCUUCGGCGGAGAGAAAAAACAGGAUCCCUUGAGGUUGAAGCAGAAGAUCAAAUGGAUGAUGGAACUCCGAUCAGACUGAAGGUCCAGAUCAAUGAAGAACAAGGAAGCGCCGUGUUUGAUUUCACUGGUACAGGGACAGAAGUUUGGGGCAACUGUAAUGCCCCUCGUGCCAUUACACUUUCUGCCCUAAUAUACUGUCUGAGAUGCAUGGUGGGCCAGGACAUCCCCCUUAAUCAGGGCUGUCUUGCCCCCGUUAAAGUCAUCAUUCCCCCUGGCUCGAUCCUGCAGCCAUCUCAGAAUGCUGCAGUAGUGGGUGGUAAUGUACUGACCUCACAGAGAGUGGUGGACGUCAUCUUCAACGCCUUUCAAGUGUGUGCUGCCUCACAGGGUUGCAUGAACAAUGUGUCAUUUGGCUGUGAGAAAAGCGGUUACUAUGAGACGGUUGCUGGUGGAGCAGGGGCAGGGCCAAGCUGGAACGGACGUAGUGGGAUUCACACUCAUAUGACAAACACUCGCAUCACUGACCCUGAGAUCCUGGAGAGCAGGUAUCCAGUGAUUCUUGAGCAGUUUUCUCUGCGGCCUGAUUCUGGAGGGGCAGGUCUGUACCGUGGUGGUGAUGGUGUGAUCCGGAAACUGCGAUUUCGUAGUCCAGUGGUUCUGUCGGUACUGACGGAAAGACGCUCUACAAAACCCUAUGGCCUACAUGGAGGUAAAAAUGGAGCACCUGGGCUAAAUUUGUUACAUAAAACAGAUGGUAGAGUCUUAAAUUUAGGGGCCAAGACUACCAUCAGCCUGGAUCCUGGGGACAUGUUCAAGCUGUUCACUCCUGGAGGAGGAGGAUAUGGAUGUGUGGAUGAGCAGGAUGGAGAUCAUCAUCUUCCCUCUAAACGCCGUUGCCUGCAUGAGUCGCAAAACACGAUAUAAGAAGACUUUUCAUAAAAACAAAGCAUUGGAUGUUAGGAAAUUGUUGUUAAAGACAGCUGAAAUAAAAUUAAUGCAU